GCGUCACUUCCGCCGUCUCGCGAGAGCAGAAGCCUCUCCCCCCCGCCCGUCGCGGUUGCCGGGGUAACCGCGGCCCGGCCGGAAGCACCGCCCCCGCGCGCACUCCGGACGCGGGAGGCCAUCUUAGCGCGAGAAGUCGUGACUCAGCAGGGCCGCCGGGCGGGCGGGUGACGGCGCGGUGACGUCACUGCCCGUCCUGUGUCACCGCCGCGCUGCGGCGGGCCCGCUGCCGCCCUCGCGCUCGGUCUGCGCUUGGCGCUGAACGCCUGCGGCCCGGGUCUGCGCGGUCAGAUCCGAUGGCUCUGACGGAGCGGCUUUGGCCCUUAGAGACAGGAGCGGGGCCGUGCCUUUCGCCGCCGUGAUGCGGCGCUCAGCUCAGGGGCCGCUGUCCGAGUAGCGCUCCUUCGGAUCGGCGCACACAGUUCGUUCCCCCGGUGCCGGGUGGCAGCGAUGUUCAUUCGGUUUGUUAAGUGCUGAGCUGCUGUCGGCCUGUGGGCGAAGCUGAUUGCUUGUCAAUGAGAGACAAAUAGGUGCUUGGGGAAGUGCACUGAAAUCCCAUUCGUGGUGAUAAGUAAAACGUGUUCGUACCCGCUUGAAACUUCACGUUUUCCCUGCUCGGUCUGAUCAGGAGUUCUUUCCUCUGCUCACUCGCUGACCUUCAUUGGCUCUGCACAACUCACUGCCCUUCCUACAGCCGAGGCACCCCCUAGAAACUAUUCGGUAAUUGGAAGAUGAAAUAGUUUGGAUCUGCUAAGUUGAAUCAUUGCUCGGGCAAAACCUUUUCAUUCCCAACUCAGCAGCUGCUGAUCCUGUUAGUCACGCUCCUGAUGCCUCCCUGCUCUUUAGCGGCUUAAAUCCCCCGAGAGCUUUCUGGCCGUGGUGAUCUCUGGUCCUGUGUCAGAAUACGCAGCCCUUCGUGCAUGCUGUUUCUAUGCCAGCACUUCGUUCUGACACCUCGAGUCCCUCCUUUGCACGGUCGGAUGUUUCCCGGCACUAUUUGAAGAGUUCUGUGUCCUGGUAUCUUCUUUUAAACCUUCACGUCACGCAGUCAGUGAGAUGCUGGGCAAAGUCUAACUCUUCCCGCGAACUGGUUCAAAGGGAUGGAUUGCAUGUUAAGGUUUUGCUGCAAAAAACACUGCAUGCGUUACAUCUGCAGCCGCGUCUCCUGCACGCACCCCAAAACACGGUGGCAAAGGGGAGGCAGCAGGGAAUCAGCAACGAUGUUACUGCCGACCUCGGGGACCGCAGGACGAGCCGUGCACCGGCGGGUGGGCAGCAGCCCGAGCCCCGCAGCCCCCGGGCACCGCGGGGAAGGGGAGGGAGCGCGGCUGCAGCCGGCUUAAAGCGGCUCGGAGGGACGGCCGAGCCGAGCUUUGCAAGGCGCUUGUGCCGCUUUAAGGCGGUGCCGCCGUUCCGGACUCGCUCAGGCACCGGGAAGAGGAACUGGGUUUUUGCACUGCCGGGUCGGGGCGAGCGCUCCGCAGUGCCCCGGCCCGCGGCUUCCCGGGCGGCCCCGGCCCGCAGCCCUCCGCUCGGUGCUUGCUGCAAGGGAGGGAUGGGUGGGGAGGAGCUGGGGCGAGGAAGAGCCUCUGCACCCCAUUGCCUCCCUCCCGCAUCCCCUCCGCACCUCCUUUGCAUCCCCUCCGCAUCCCUUCUGCACACCUUUUGCUUCCCCUCCUCAGUCCCUCUGAGGGACCGGAUUGCAACCCCCGUGCUUUUCCCUGCUGCAGCUGCAAGGGGACUUGCUUGCAGGAGCUGUCUGCUUGCAGAGUGCGUGCUUGAAAUAACCUCCUCCCCUUUUCCCUCUCCGCAAAAAAAGGACGCCCCAAGCCCCUCUCUGCCAUGAUUUUGCUGAGCAGCAUCUUGCACCUGCGGCCGCGGCACUGCGGCCCUUUGGCAGGGCUGGGCAGGGGGUCCAGCCCCACAGCGGGGUCCCGCAGGGCGCUGCGUGUGCUGGUGGAUAUGGAUGGGGUCCUGGCCGACUUCGAAGGAGGAUUCCUCAAGAAGUUCAGGGCCAGGUAUCCCGACAAGCCCUACAUUGCCCUGGAGGACCGGAGGGGCUUCUGGGUGUCGGAGCAAUACGGGCGCCUGGCAGCUGAGCUGAGCGAGAAAGCUAUCAGCAUCUGGGAAUCCAAGAACUUCUUCAUUGAGCUGGACCCGCUCCCUGGCGCUGUGGAAGCUGUGAAGCAAAUGUCAAAUUUGGCAGACACUGACGUGUUCAUCUGCACAAGCCCUAUCAAGAAGUACCGUUAUUGCCCCUAUGAAAAGUAUGCCUGGGUGGAGAAGCACUUUGGCCCUGAGUUUCUGGAGCAGAUUGUUCUGACACGGGAUAAGACAGUGGUUUCUGCUGACCUGCUCAUCGAUGACAGACCUGAUAUAACUGGGGCCGAGGUGAACCCCAGCUGGGAGCACGUGCUCUUUACUGCCUGCCACAACAAGCAUCUGCAGCUGGAGCCGCCCAGGCGCCGGUUGCAGUCCUGGUCUGAUGACUGGAGAGCCAUUCUGGACAGCAAACGGCUGCCACUGAGCCACGCGGCCUAAACCCUGGCCUCCAUCCCAGCUGCCUGCUCAUCUCCUCAUGGAGUCCUCCUGGAGGCCGACACCAUGGGCAGGUAGACAGACAGAUGGUCAGACACAUAUGGGGUGGGAAAGGAAGGGGACCUUGGAGUAGACUUCAGCCUGGCUGCCCUCUGUGCCAUGUUGGACCCCCAGUGUCAUCUUUCCCCUCUGGCACAGCACAGGCCAUCCCUCUGUCCCUCUGUGGUGGAGUCAUGCCACGAUGGAUUUGUUCUCCUGCUGCUAUGAAUGAUCCGCAUCCACCCCAUCACUGAGGAGCUGCUGCAGCUGAGAGACACUCUGGUGCUGAUUCAGGGAAGAAGGAGCAGUCAUUUCGUUAGCCAGGAGCUGUAAGAAACUCAGCAAGCCCUCACUGGUGGUGAUCCAUGGAUUUCAAAGCCAGGGGCAUGCAUGUGAUGGCUACAUGGUCUGUGCCCCAUCUCUCUCCUCCUCCUCAUGUCCGAAAUGAGCCUGACAGGAGAGCUCUGGGUGUGCAUCCAUCCAGAAAUGGAUCAGCCCUGGGUGGAACCAACUGCUGGGCUUGGGCAGUGGGACAGUUGAUGCACUAAGCAUCCUAAAGCCAUUGGUGCAGAGCUGCAUGGAAAAACAUAAAACAUGAGGUGGUGGAGAAGGUACAGCAUCACAGAGAAGGUAGCAGAGCACCAAGGGACUGGGCAGGGAGCACAAUGAGGCUAUCAUGCUGCUGCCUGCUUGGGAUGUGGCACCUCCCAUCUCCCUGAGCCUGCCCCAUCCCCCAAACAGCAGCAACCAUGCACUGGAACAUGGCUGCUGCUGCUUCUCCCGGCUCUGUGGAGGAGAUGUCAUGAUGCAGAUCCCUCUGAUUGUGCAGCUGGGUCUGCCCACACCAUUUGAGAUCCCACCACUGUUCCCUCCAUCUUGUCCAAGGACUUGCUGACUAUAGGGGGUGAAGUUCUCCACUGAGAUGUGUGGCCAUGGUUGGUCAUCCUGUGUGCUGCUUGCCUUGCACCUUUAUCUUUCCUCUUCUCUCAUCCCCAUCAGCACAAAGCAAUCUGAGCCCAGAGCCACACAGCCAACAAACAACAAAUUUCAGCAGCAGCAGUCUGUCCCACCAUGCGUGGGACCUGGAGGGGCUCUUGAAGUCAAUGCUUCAAAUCUGUGCCUUCCCAAGCUGCUGUAGGGCCAGAAGUGAAACCCGAAUUGCCUCGGGUCUUUCCAAAAGCAGCCCUGUCUGUUGGGAUGGGGAUAUUGUGUUAAGACUGCAUGGUUUGGGAGUGAUAUCCCACAAUGAUUUUAUUUUAGUUUUUCCUGUUCAAACCACUGUGUGCUUCAGGUGUGUGUUUGGGCUGUGCUGCCACCUGAGGUGCAGCUCUGCUAAGCAUCAUGCACAGCAUUGUAUAGGCUGCGAGUUGAUUUUUUGCCCACUGAUACCAUGAGCUGCCCGAGCUUUCUGGAGUGCUCUCCCAGCCCAUGCUGGAGCUGAAAUAAACUGGCACAUUACUGCGGUUGCCCAAAUCCAGCCAUUAGACAGAUCCCAGGGAUACAGCUUUCCGGACCCACCAUCUCCUUGGUGAGAUGUGUGAUGCUGGAGAGGCCACAGGGGUUCACAGCAAAUGAAAACAGAGCUGGAGUUUCUCCUGUGUCAGGCUCCACCUGGACACACAGAAAUCCCAUGUGGGUUGCUGUCCUACUGCAUCCACCAUGUUCAGGGCUGUGAUGCAGUUCUCCAUCACGGUGUGGUCCUUUCAGUGCUCAGAUGGGCUAUGCAGAGCUUUUAUUUUUAAACAUCCAUCUACAAAAUAGAGGCUGCUGAGGAGCACUGCAAUAGACAUCAAGUUUUGUUGGCACCUGGCUUCCCAAAAAGCAGAGUUUGGGUUUUGCAGUUUCACACCUGUGGUUCUGCUUUUGCCAUAGGGAUGGGGUGUUUGCAUCCAGGUGCUGGGAGCAUUCUCCAGGUAGCACGUGCCUCAUCCCAGGCUCCCCUCCAGGCACAGAGGAAGCAAGCAUUGGUGCUGGGAAUUGUUUUUUUCCCUAUGUUUUUACUGCCCUGUGCAGCUUUAAGGACAGUUUGAUUUUUCUCUUCCAGUUCAGACCACUGCGUUAGAUGGUUGGAAGCACUCAGAGAUUACGUUUGUGGUUCACUGGUGAGUCCAAUCCUGCCACAGCUUGAAUCCUGCCUAGAUGCAGUGGCAAGGAAAAAUGUGGUACAGCUCAUACCUGAGAUAUGCAUUUCUGAGCCCAAGGGGUAGCACGGGUCGGACCCUCUCCCCCUGAUACUGGGGGAAGAAUGGAGCAUUUGCACCAGGGCUGGGAUGUGCAUUCCCUUGUGCAUGUCUCUGGCACUCAUAGGGUUAACCAAAGAGCUUAGAUUUGGGGCUUUUCCUCUCUGUUGAACAUGAAAGUGGCUACGAAGAGAUGCAUGUUCCCAUUGCCGCACUGCGAAGGAGACGCACAAUAAACCUCUCUGUGCCACAGCCUCA